UGCAAAGAAACCACUAUGACAAACAAAGAAAUAUUUGAUACUAUUUCUCGAAAAAAUCCAAAAGCUGCAGCUUUUAUUUCAUAUAAUGCUAUGAGAAAUCAGUUAUCAAGAGAAAAAAUCAAAAUGCGUCCUUCAUUACCUACAAACGUGUAUGAGCUUGACAGUUUGCUUCGAGGUUAUGAACCUACAAUAAAUAUUUAUAAAGGCUGUGUUAUAUCUGAAGAUAACAAAUGUUCCUACAUGUCUACCACUGAUAAGCUUCUAAAAAUAUUAGAGAAAUGUUCUGAAAUUUUUAUUGAUGGUACAUUUUCUGUUGUACCUAGAGUACCAAGCUUUGCACAACUAUUUUCAUUACAUGUGCGGUACAUGGAUAAGGGUAUUGCAGUAUUAUUUAUUUUGUGUGAAGUCAGAACACAAUUAGUUUACAAAGCUAUAUGGAAAGAAAUUAUAAAAUUGGCGUCUGAUCUACAAUGUAAUUUACGUUUCAUAAUGAUGGAUUAUGAAAAAGCCUCGAUGAACGCUGUCCAUGAACAAUUUCCUCAUGCAUCUCUACGAGGCUGUUGGUUUCAUUACUGUCAAGCUGUUCUUAAAAAGUGGAAACGAUUAGGACUUUUAAAAGCACCACGUAAAAUAGUAUCCAUGGCAAUGACUUUAGCAUUAGCACCAUCAGAAAUGUUUGCAGAAGGCUUAAACAUUAUGCAGACAAUUGCUGAUGAAGAAUCUGAUAAUUAUCCUAAUAUGUUGGUCUUUAUGAAGUAUAUGAGAAACACAUGGCUUCCAAUAUCGAAAAAAACAAGUGUAUAUGGAUGCCCAAUUAGAACCAACAAUAUUGUAGAAUCAUUUCAUAAUAUCAUGGCGCAAAAGAUGCAAACAGUUCAUCCAAACCUUUGGAUAUUUUUAGAUAAUAUUUCUAAAUUAAUAACAGAUCAAGAAAUCAACUACAAUCGUUUGUUGAACGGUCUACAAGUAACAAGAAAUCGUUGUCGAUUCACUAAAUAUAAAAAUACAAGGAUACAAGAAGCACAAAAUUAUUUAUCUACCGGUAUCUACUCAUUGAAAGAAUUUCUGCUGAUAUUUGAUGUGGAUAGCGGACGUCAGCAAGACGAAAUGAACAGUCUGUAA